GUCUCCUAAACAGUUUUCAACAAGAAUGGAGCUACGACGAGGAAGAAGCAGCAGACCUGGGGAAACGACCAAGAAAAAUAGAAAAUCAAAUUAAAAUCGGAUCCCAACAAUUUACCAAACAUCCCAGAAGAAACCAUCCUCGAAAUUCUCUCAAGAUUACCCCAUGAUUCUCUCUGCCGAUUCAGGUUGGAUGAUUGGUCCUUUUCCUUUCGCUCCAUAGACCAACAAUGCUAUGUGGAAAAGGUUCAAACACCAUGGGAACAAAAUAAGCAUCUCCAUCAUAGUGAAGUUAAAAUCUAUGGUUCGUGUAAUGGAUUGUUUCUUUUGGGGCUUAAGGCGGAUUUGUAUUUAUGGAAUCCACUAAAUGGAUAUUUCAAGGAAGUCUUGUCAUACCAUCAGUUGACGCUUCGUCGUGUAAUUACUUGUGGGCUUUGUUAUGAUUCCUCUACUAAUGGGUACAAGGCCGUCAUGGCUUUUGAAAAAUUCGUAAUGGUUGGGAAUUUGCAAAGAAAGUAUUGGAAAGAGGUUCGCUUCCCUUAUAAAAAACACACAAUCCGUUCAGGGCCAGUUGUGAACGGACAACUUCAUUGGUUUGCCUGUAAUAGUACUAACUUUAUUACGCCCCAAUGUAUCUUUUCCUUUGAUCCGCGGGUGGAUAAAUUCAAAAAAGUACCAAUGCCAAAGCCGCCUAAGGAUGAGGAUGAAUUUUUUUUGCUUGGGUUGGGGGUUUUGGAUGGAUGCCUCUGUAUGAUUCGUCAUCGCAAACGCAAUGCCGAAGUAUGGGUGAUGGAGGCAUACGGUGUGCAAAAAUCGUGGAACGUUAGGUUCGUCAUUAAUAAGACCUUCAGGGUUUGUAGUAUGUUCCAACCGUUAUGUUGUACAAAAGAUGGUAAAAUUCUAACGAGAGAACACAUUGGGUGUGAUAGUGGGCAUGUUAACGUGUACAAUUCUAAUGGCGAUUUGGAUAGGGAUGUUCCUAAGCCAUCCAAUCACGAAACCUCUUUGGUGGCAGUUGCCUAUAAGGAAAGUUUGGUUAAGCCUACCGGCUACGAGUGGGAAAACGAGGAGCGAAGAGGGAUAGCAACAUAUGUGGAACAUUUUCUUUUGGCCUCUCCAAGGAUAAUGACAAAGGGAAAUGGGGAUAGUAAGUGGCAUGUGUUAGAAGAUCCUAAAGAAGAGGAAGCUGAAGAAACUCGAAAGAAGCGGAGUAUGAGGAGGAUUAGACAGUAGAUAGCAAGGAAGAGGAGAAGCUGAAGAAACUCGAAAGAAGCGGAGUAUGAAGAGGAUUUGACAGUAGAUAGCAAGGAAGAGGAGAAGCUGAAGAAUGUUGUGACACGAGGUUAUCAUAUUCUGCCUGCCUUGCUCUCUAGUGUUUCGCUUCAUUUACGUUGUCUUUAGACAUCUAAGAUUAGUUUUCUUGCGAUGGAACUGGUAUGCUUCUAUUUGUGUGGCGAAUAGAUAUGGUUAUAUCCAUUAAUAAAUUACUUGAUCUUUUCAGAAACCUAACUCUUGCUAAUUGUACAACAGAGAUAUACUUAUAUUUGAGUUUGAUACAUAUGUUACGUAAUUAAUUGCUGCAUUUA